CCGCCCCCAGCCCCGGCUCCGGAUCCAGCCCCGGCCACCGCCGCGCCCCGCCGGGAAGAUGAGCUGUACACAGAUCAGGAGGUUGACUGCAGUGAUGUUCCAUGGGUGUAUGUUUGCAUGCAGCAGGAACAGCUAAACACAACCAGGACUGUUGAAUGCUCAUGAGAAAAGUGAACAGAGUAUUUGCCAAGCCCGGGCUUCAGUUAUGGUCUAUGAUGAUACCAGUAAGAAAUGGGUGCCAAUCAAACCUGGUCAGCAGGGAUUCAGCAGAAUCAACAUAUACCACAACACGGCCACUAACACCUUCAGGGUAGUUGGAGUUAAACUACAAGAUCAACAAGUAGUGAUUAAUUACUCAAUUGUGAAAGGACUGAAGUACAAUCAAGCAACACCUACCUUUCAUCAAUGGCGCGACGCACGGCAGGUUUAUGGCUUGAAUUUUGCAAGCAAAGAAGAGGCUACCACAUUCUCCAAUGCAAUGCUCUUUGCUCUGAAUAUCAUGAACUCACAAGAUGGAGGUCCAGCUGCCCAGCGCCAAGUCCAGAAUGGGCCAUCUCCAGAUGAGAUGGAAGCACAGAGAAGACAAGUGAUGGAGCAACAGCGCCAGGAAUCUCUGGAAAGAAGAACAUCUACCACAGGCCCAGGACUUCCACCUGGUCAUCCUAGUGGUGCUGCUGUGAUCCCUGCUUCAUCCGGCGGGCCCCCACCUCCGCCACCCCCGCCAGUCCCUCCGCCACCCCUGGGAGCUGCACCCCCCCCGCCACCCCCGCUGCCGGCAGGUGUUGGCCAAGGGGCUGGCACUGAAGAUGGGUCAGUGUCAGGGCUCGCAGCAGCUCUGGCUGGUGCCAAACUAAGGAGAGUUCAACGGCCAGAAGAUGGUUCAGGAGGGUCCAGCCCCAGUGGGGUCUCUAAGAGUGAUGCCAAUCGAACAAGUAGCGGAGGAGGCAGCGGAGGACUAAUGGAAGAAAUGAAUAAAUUACUAGCAAAAAGGAGGAAAGCAGCAUCGCAGUCAGAUAAGCCAGCUGACAAAAAGGAAGAGGAAAGCCAAAAUGAUGAUGCUAGUACCUCUCCUUCACCAAGUACACGAGUUCCCACCCAGCAGCAGCAAAAUUCAUCAGACUCUGGGAAGAAGCCAUGGGAAAGGAGCAAUUCUGUUGAAAAGCCUGUAUCUUCGUUACUUUCUAGAAAUCCAUCAGUGGUGAAGAGCUAUGAAGCUAAGAGCCCCACACAAUCCCACGUGUCUUCUAGGAUGAAACCAGUGAGCAGCAGCAAUGAUGUGGCUAUGGAUGGCUUAGAUUUUGAUCGAAUGAAACAGGAAAUAUUGGAGGAAGUUGUAAGAGAGUUACACAAAGUGAAAGAGGAGAUAAUUGAUGCCAUACGGCAGGAGUUGAGUAGAAUCAGUACAACGUAAGGAUUGCAAAGCACUGGGACGGUACUAAGAAUGCUGGGAAGAUUGGAUCAUUUCUAAAUGUACCAAGGUCACGCAGAUGGUGAGAGAGGACACCGGCACUGUCUUUGUUCUUAUACCCUUUUUAUUAGCAGACUCGGCACACUUUGAAGCUUGCUGCUGCCUUGGAUUCGCUUCGUUUUAAAAGUCUUAAUCUAAAGAAUAUUAAAAUUUUAAAUUUCUGGAUUUUUUAGAUUUCAUCUGACACUGCACAUUGGAUUUGUCAGCCUUUUUUGUAUUUUGUAUUUGCUUAUUUAAAUGUAUUACCUUUCUUUUUAGUAGUAGAUAAGAACACACGUGAACCAUUUGCUUUUGAUAGAUGACUUCAAAGUAAUUUUACUAGUAGUCUGCAAUGUAAAUGAAGAUCCUUUGCCAACAGAAAUGUAUUGUGGCAUCACCAGAAGAAACAGAGACAUGUUAGUUGUCGGCCAACAAGUUUUUUGUCUCAGAGUUAUCACAAUAUAAAAAAUGGUACGUCAGUGCAUCACAGUAUCUGUGUUCAUAUUGGUAAUAAACUGUUUAUUGUCCACAU